CUGGUAUAUUUGAAUGCAAGCGAACCCUCUUCACAGUAUCAGCAAUGGCAUCAACAGCGGUGGCAAGCAGUCCAUGGGUACAUCAAGAGGAGAGCAAACGCCGAAGGACGGUGCGGAGGACAGUGGCACCAGGCUCUCCUAGAAGCAAAAUACUAAAACUGCCAGAGAUUCCGCGACCCAGCGAUGGGAUGGCGCUGAAUUCUGACCCCCUGGGCGGAGAUCGCAGAAGAGAUGAGGUGAAAGGAGAUUCAGUCAGAAGAAGCAAAAACCCAUUUCAUAUGCCCUCAGAUGUGGAAGUCUUUGCUAUGCGGGAAGAUGAACGAAGACAGAAACAGGAGGCGAAGGAGCAAAUGCGAAAUCUCCACAUUCAUGAAAAGAAUGUGAUCAAGCGAAAGAACUUUAAAGAGCUGCUUGCUGAAGAACCGGAUGACAUUCAGUUUUACGAGCAGCUUCGAAGAAGAGAUUCAGACAAGAUACUGACGAAUCGGCAGGCGCGAGUUGACCGCCAUUUCGGAAAGGAGAACCUGCACGACUUUAUCGCGAAGAAGAGGGAGAUGUUUCUUGUCCAGUACGCUCUUGGGGUCAAGAGAGAGGAGAUGCACAAGUUGGAGGAGAUUGCGCAGGCCGAGGAACAAAAGUUGCUUGACGAUGAGAAGGCACUGGAAGAGGAUGCCGCCAAGUUUGAUGCAUUUUUAAAGGAGAAUGACAAAAACUCUGUGGAGGCAAUAAAAAGAGCGGAGCAGGAAACCAAGGCAAAGCUCGAAAAGAUACAGGAGAUAAAGAAGCUUAAUGUUCAGAUUAUGAGUAUCCGUAGCGACAUGUCCAAGAAUGAAGACCAACUGAAGGAUUUGCAACGAUACAGAGAAUUUUUGGACAAGCUCACCCCCAAAGAAUUUUUCGAAGAACAGGUCAAGCUGAAGGGAAAGGACUCAAAAUAUGAGCCAAAGCGGAAGGCAUCUUCGGAUGGUGGUAGCAGUGUAGCGUCAGCACGUGCAAGCACCUACAAGAAUCGUCGCUCAGGAAAGCGAGGAACCGUUCGAACAGCAAAAAGUGGCGCACGAGGUCCCGGCCGUGGGGACGGGAGUGUAUCGAAUGCCGCUGAAGACAGAGAUGGAGAUGUGGAUGACAACGCAGAAGCCGAUGAAGAUGAACAUGGAGGCAACGAAUAUGGAAACGAGGAUGAGGAACCUUUGCUAUAUUUCAAGACACCCCAGCAGCUACUGGACAUUUUCGCCGAGCUGGAGGAGAACAACUUGGCGUUAAUACAAAAUUGUCAGGAAACGGAAGAAACCCUUGAAGAGCUUAAACAGAAGAUUGUGGAUACAGAAGCGAGAAUGGAGCACGAAACUCAGAGUCUCAAACAGCAAAUAGACUUCCUCAAUGCGGCCAUCGCGCGGGAGGAUGAGAAGGCUAAGAUGUUAGAAGAGCGUGCAAAGAUGUUCUCCACAGGCAAUCUUGGUGGAGAAUCUCAAGAGAAAUUAUUGGAGGAACUCAAUCACAAAGUGAAAGAGGUGUACCGACGCUGUAUCGGUGACAACGAAGCGAGCCUAAGUACACUUUCCAUGCUAACCAGCAUUGAAAACCGGUUGGAACAACUGUUUGAAACCAUUGAGAUGAUGCCACCAGACAAGGUUGAGCAAGCAGAAAAGAUGAAAGACAAGGAGAGGCGUCAGCGGUUGCGCGAGGAGAAAAUGGAAGCUCAGAGAGCUUUGCAAGAAGAGAGAGUGCAACGGGCUCUGGAGAGAGCCAGGGCACCUGUUAAGAAAAAGACGGGCAAACCAAUCGCUUUCCGUUCGGCACCGCCGCAAAAGAAGAAGCGGAAGGAAGAAGAUAACAAGCAGAAGGAAGAAGAGGAUCUCGAAUACUAUGGACUGUUAACAUUGCCUUGAUUACAUUGUCAAAGAGAUCAAAUUUAUUGUUUUGCAUCUGUAGCUGUUGAUUUGUCGUGUGCAUUGAAAGGGCAAAUCAGUCUUUUGUUAUAAAGCAUUAGGCAAGAGUUUGAGUAUAAACUCCUCUAAUGCAGGUCCUGGUAGUAGUAGCAAAUGUUGAGUUUGGAAGCGUUGAAUACUUUAGCUGGCAACCAGCAACGCAAUGCUGAACACUUGCCCUUGCUACGGAUUGUAACUGAUCGGAUAUUUCAAUACCGAGCGUUAGACGACACUCUCCUUUCGCAAUCCCAAGGCAUGUGCGCUGUGUAUGCCAUCUAAAACAUAUCAAGCAAUCCUUAAUCG